UACGGAACGGCCCUCGUAGAACAGUGUGCCGCAGCAGCAGAUUGCCGAGAGUCUCCUCCCCCACUCUGUCUCCUCCCCCACUCUGCCCCAGCCCACGCCGAGGCCGGAAAAGAUGCAGAUCUUUGUCAAAACCCUAACCGGGAAGACCAUCACCCUCGAGGUUGAGAGCAGCGACACCAUCGACAACGUCAAAUCCAAGAUCCAGGACAAGGAGGGUAUACCCCCAGAUCAACAAAGAUUGAUUUUUGCUGGAAAGCAGUUGGAAGAUGGUCGAACCCUAGCUGAUUACAACAUUCAAAAAGAGUCAACACUGCAUCUGGUUUUAAGGCUUAGGGGUGGAACAAUGAUCAAGGUGAAGACACUUACUGGAAAGGAAAUUGAAAUUGACAUUGAGCCCACCGAUACCAUUGAUAGGAUCAAGGAGCGAGUUGAGGAGAAAGAAGGAAUUCCACCAGUGCAGCAAAGGCUCAUAUAUGCAGGAAAACAGCUUGCUGAUGACAAGACUGCCAAGGAUUACAACAUCGAGGGUGGUUCUGUCCUUCAUCUUGUGCUUGCUUUAAGGGGUGGUCUGUAGCAGGAGCUCGUGAAUUACUUGGAGCAAAUGCUGGAUGCAAGGUGGUCCUGGAGAGGCCCAUGGUAAUCCAAGGUGUUUGAACGUACACAGUUUUACAGUGGCUCGUCGACUGUAAAAUUUAAUGAAGACCAUGAUUAUACUCAUGUUUUAGUUUUUUCUAGUGAGAUCAUAAGUAAUGUUAUGCAAGUAACUGAAAUGGCGAAUGUAUUCGUUUCCGACUGUUUUGGUUGGUCAGGAGUAGAGAAACAUAUGUUAGUGUUUAUAUGAUGAAUCAGCCAAACCAUGUUUCAUUUUGAGUAGAUACAGGUGUAACAUACUCAUGAAAUCAUAAGAAUAUCAUUGGAACCAUAA